AUGGCAGCUUCUCCGACGGCGCCGCUGCGCCGCAUCACGAGAGCGUCACUGGCACAAUUUGCCUACGCCGGCGGCCACACAAGCUCCACCCUCGAGGCGAAGACCAAAAUCACGACCACGACUCCAGAUAUCGAGGACAUUAUUCCCUCUGCCGUAUCGGCUUCAGCAGUGGCAGCCUCAACACCAACCUCCACUCGAAAGCGCAAGCGAACCACCGUCCUCUCCACCACCCAAUCCAGCGGUAACCGAGUCAAGGUCGAGGCAGAACAGCUCGAGUCUACCACUACCCUCACAAAUGUCCCAUCGCCCUCCCCCCGCCGCGCCCGCAAGCCCGCACGCAAGACCCAGGACCCAGCCACCGGGACCGAGACCGUAGCCGCACCCUCGGACUGGGAGGAGCUCUACGACGCGACCAAGCAGAUGCGCCUGGCCGGCGCCGCCGCCAACGCCGCCGUCGACACCAUGGGCUGCGAGCGCCUGGCCCUGCCCACCGCCAGCCCGCGCGACCAGCGCUUCCACACCCUCGUCGCCCUGAUGCUGUCGAGCCAGACGAAAGACACCACCAACGCCGUCGCCAUGAGGAGGCUCCAGACCGAGCUGCCGCCCCACGAGGAGGGGGCGCCGCCCGGGCUGAACCUGGAGAACAUGCUCGCCGUGGCGCCCGAGAGGCUGAACGAGCUGAUCUGGGCGGUCGGGUUCCACAACAACAAGACGAGGUACCUGAAGCAGGCGGCGGUCAUGCUGCGCGACUCGUGGGGCGGUGAUAUCCCCGACUCCAUCGAGGGCCUGGUCUCGCUGCCGGGCGUGGGGCCCAAGAUGGCGCACCUGUGCCUGUCGUCGGCGUGGGGCCGCACCGAGGGCAUCGGCGUCGACGUGCAUGUGCACCGCAUUACCAACCUGUGGGGCUGGCACAAGACCAAGACGCCCGAGGAGACGCGGCUCGCCCUGCAGGCGUGGCUGCCGCGCGACAGGUGGCGCGAGAUCAACUGGCUGCUGGUCGGCCUGGGCCAGACUGUGUGUGCGCCUGUUGGGAGGAAGUGUGGGGAUUGUAAUUUGGGUCUUGACGGGCUUUGCAAGGCGGCGGACCGGGCAAAGGUCAACCAGGGGCGCAAGUUACGGGAGGCAAAGGUGGAGUUGGAGGUAGAGGGGGAUGCCAAGGCUGUCAAGCUGGAGGAGGCGGUACAAGAUGCCAUAGCUGAUGUCGCUGGCGCCACGGUGUUGGACGACAAGAAGGAUGCCCUAGACGAGCCGAAGCGGCCUACGAAGCGGCGAGGGAAACGAGGAUGA